AGAAACAUUGGUAAUCCUGACAUGGUCGACUUCAAUAUGGCGGAUGGCGACCAGGUGAUUUUACCAGUGGAGAAGAAAUAUAGUAAGUUGCAAAUUCGCAAGUUUAGACGUAGUAAAAAUCGCCGACUGAGACGUAAACGAAGUAAUUUGCGUUUUCGGAGAGAGUUGAGUGUUGGUAGAAUAUCUCGCGCCAGUUUAGAAGUAAUCGAUAUAUCCGACAUGGAGUGCAAUCCGCAUUUUGGACAAACCAUCACAGAGGUCGCUCAAUGGCAGGGCCAACAUGCAACCGCCUACUGGAAGUCCAGAGCGAUUAGCUUAGAAUAUGAAAAUCGUAUGUUGCAUGAACAUAUUAAGAAGCUCUACUUGGGACAAAUAGAUGAAUGUAAGGAGUUGAAACACGAGGAAGAACUGGAACCAGAAUGGAAGAACGAAGAAGAAGGACAGAAGAAACGAAGAUGCAAAAAUAAAUGGCGAGACGAUAGGGAUGCUGAUGUACCCCGCGAAGAGGAGAAAAUGAUACAACAUAUAAAACACAUGAAAGACUUGUAUGGAAACAAUGCAUCUAAGAUCAAUGGAAUGGAGGUUGCCGUUCAAUUGAACUACGAUUUUCAUUCAACAAAAUCAGUGUAUUGGCCCAAUUUACCUUUAAAUUUAUAAUUUAUUGAUAUUAUAUUUUUGA